AUGGCUGUGCCGAGCAAGCGCAUACGACAGAAGGCGACCGUGGAGACCGAUGCAGGAGACAAGAAUCCCGGCAUGCUGAAGAGCCCCAACCCUCGAAAGCUGAAAAAGGCGAAGGCCGAGUUGAAAGCUGUGGAGGGGCUAGCUUCGGCAAGCUCAACGACGGCGAGCUCCCCAGGGAUCUUGAAAAGAUCGCCCUCUGUGGAUAAGAUUGCUAAGAAGCUUAGCUUUGGGACACCGACGGUGCACUCGAUCGAAGCCAGCAACACCCCGAAGACGAAGAUGAGCCCCGAACGUGCGAGGGAAGUUCUUGAGGCUAUCAAGGUAGCCCAGGGCAACGAGUCCAGCGAGGACGAGAAGCACACGGCGGCAGAGACGACCAAGGACGCUCGCACGCGGGAGCAGAAGAAAGAGGAUAAGAAGGCGAGCCGAAAGCAAGAGAAAAUGGCUGAUGCUGUCGCAGCCAAAGCCAAGCAGGCCAACAACAAGAAGAAGACGAUUUCGGACGAGGAUGCCGACAACAUCAUCCUGCAGUGGCAACAGCAGCAGCAAGCGCAGACGAAUGACAACGACGAUGAGGGCGAAAGCGCGAGCGAACCGGAUGAGGAGCAAGCCUGCUCUGAGGAUGAAUCUUCAGAGGAAAGUGAGGAUGAAGAGCAAAGAUCGAAUGGCGAGGCGAGCGAGCAGGAGGAUCCAGCAAAGGAUUCCGAAGUGGAUUCGGCACCGGCAGCAGAAUCGGGAGCAAGCGAGCCCGGGGAUACGACGGAUGGCAGCGAGAUCGACGAGUCCGAAUGCUCGAGCAGCGCGUUGGAUUCUGAUGAAGGCUUAACUUCCGGCUCAGAGCCACCGAGCUCCGAGGAGGAGAAGACCAAAGAGGAAAAACGACAGAAGCAGUCCCAUCGGGAGACGAUCGACGGCGACAAGCGACGCACAACGACCGAGACCACCAAGGAGGAGACGCGACACAAGACUGCCGAGAAGCAGACCACCGCCGACGAGAAGCGACACAAGACGGCCGAGAAGGAGACCACCAAAGAGGAGAAGCGACACAAGAUUGCCGAGACCACCAAAGAGGAGAAGCGACACAAGACUGCCGAGAAGGGGACCACCAAAGACGGCAAGCGAGACAAGACGAGCGAGGACACCACCCAAGACGGCAAGCGAGACAAGACUGCUGAGAAGCUGACGACCAAAGAGGAGAAGCGAAACAAACAGGGCGACAAGGAGGCCACAAAAGAGGAGAAGCCUCGCAAGGACGGUGAGAAGAAGGACAAGAAGGAGAAAAAGGCAAGCAAGGACAGGGAGGCGUCGUCCGACCAGGAAGCGGAGGAGGACGAGAAAGGCGGUUUGGCCAGCGCUGAGAAAAAAGCCUUGGCCGUGCCCAACAGCUCCAGCCACAGGAAAGAGUACAUGCGCUUCAAGAGAUGGACGAAAUCCAAAAAGAGGUUUCCAGCAAAGCUUCUGAGCACGGUUCAGACCCAGGACGGGCGUUGCAAGCUCUUCGCGGACUACCUCGAGUGCGAUGGAGAUACGGAGCAAACCGUGCUAAGGUUUGAAGCCCGUGUGGAGGACAAGGAGUCAUCAACCGUGAAGUGGGGCUUCCGCCCGGAGAAGUGGCUUCAGGAUCGCCACGGCGAUCGGAAAGCAGAGAAGCUGAUUGAGCGCAAGAAGGCGCUGGGCUUGACGAUUCCUGAUCCUGAGCUCCCUCCUGACAGUGGGGAAAUGCUUUACUUCGUGAUGCUGGAGAUGGAUUUCGCUAACAUCCAGGAGGUUGCAAGGAUUACCCAGCUGGAGAUGAAGGGUGGGAUCGACAAGGAAGGUUUGAAAGAGUUCGUGAAGGCACACACACCCUUAAGGUUUCGACGGUAG